AUGCCAAAACUCUUGAGUUCUGCAAGCAAAGCAGCUCUAUCUCAAGAAGUUGUAUCUACAAAUUUAUUUGCAAAACAUAAGAAUAAAGCUCUUCUUUCUACAGCAUUAAUCAAUGUUCAAGAUGCGUGGGGUAAUUUUCAUGUAAUACGGGCUGUAAUUGACAGUGGAAGUGAGAGUCACUUUAUUUCAAAAUCUUGUUUUAAUAAAUUAGGUUUAUCUAAAUUUUUCCUCCCCAUCCAAUUGUGUGGCAUCGGGAAAAAUAUUUCCAAAGGUUCUCACGGUGUUAGAUGCAACAUUAAACCUAUUGGAAAGUCUGAUCCGAUCUACUCCUUGGAGUUUAUUAUAUUAAAUGAAAUUAGUGAUAAUUUACCGAUUAAUUCUCUUCCCGUUGAACAGUUCUCAAAGUUUUCUCAAUUGCCUUUAGCUGAUCCCAACUUUCACCUCUCUAAACCCGUAGAUAUACUUUUGGGUGCAGAUAUUUAUGGUUUCUUGAUAACAGGAAACAAACUCCUCUCAGAUCAAGAUCAACCCGUCGCUUUAGAAACUAUAUUUGGAUGGAUAAUUACAGGAAGAGUUAAAACAUCUAGUGUUUCACUCUCUGUAAACUCAUACUUUCUUACCUCUUAUGCUUCCUUGGAUCAAUCACUUCAAAGAUUCUAG